AUGCGUCUCACUUAUUUUCUGUUGUUUAUUGCGUCGACUGCUUUCCUUGCUUCUGGCAGCAUGGUGUCCAUUAACAACGACGCUGAAACGAGGUCGCUGCGAUCUUCCAGGACGGUUGUCAACGGCGACGCGGCAGAAGAAGAACGUGGACUCGGUUUUGACUCAAGCGAGAUAAAGGCUUUGAAGAAAUUAUCGAACAGUCAAUUUCACAGGAUGGCAACUGACCCGGAACACUUGAGAUCGAUUUUCACUUCCUGGAGCCAAGCGAUGAAGCCUCUAGAAGACGCCGCAGACUACAUGAGAAGUCAAGGUGUUAGUGAAUCGGCAAUCAAGCACUUUAUCGCUGCGUACUUUAAUCACUAG